GUCUCAAAAUUCUUGCCACACGUCACGACAAUUUUCGAAGCGCGGCAGCCUAUCGCUUUAAAUUGCAACCUUUCCGUCCGGUACCUACUCUGCACCCCCCCAUUCUCUGCAUCACCACUCUACCAAACGUCACGCUUCGUCGGCCUCUCUGCCUCUCCUUGACCAUCCCGACAAUCCCGAGUGCGCAGACAGAAGGGGGGAAAAUAGCGCGCGAUCAAUUAGAAACCCCCGUAGCUUCUGACAUAUGGAAUCUCAGAUGGGGCGUUCUCUGUAAUGGCUCUUGUCGACAACCCCCAGAUCAAGAGCGCCGAGCUGCUCACGCCGCUCCCCGUCUACUUUCAUGCCUACGUCGCCCCCUUCGCCAUAAUAUGGCCCGUGUUCGCACGGUACUUCUACACCCCCGAGUUGUAUGAGAAGCACAUCGGCUCCUCAGAAUGGACCUUCGUCUGGUGCGGCAGCAUCAUCACUCUGCAGAGCCUGGUUUGGCUCAGCACCAACUGGAGCGUCAACCUCAAGGCCAAGUUCACUGCUAGGAAGGCCGACAAGGUAGAGGAUGCAGAGCUGAUCAAGGUCAUCCCCAUCGCCAAUGCUGGCUCGGCUGAUAUCUGCAAGCUGAAUCGCGAAAAGGUCGGCGAUGAGACGAGCCUGUCCUUUCUGUUCCAGAAGCGCCGUUUUCUCUACGACCCGACGAAGCAAUCCUUCAGUCCUCUGACCUACGAGAUUGACGCGGAGCCUAAGCCGAAGAUCGGCGGAUUCCAGAAAUCCCGAGGUAUCGCUUCGCAAGCUGAACUUACGAGGCUUGAGCAGUACUAUGGCGCCAACACCUUUGAUAUUCCCGUGCCUACCUUUACUGAACUCUUCCGAGAGCAUGCCGUCGCACCCUUCUUCGUCUUCCAGGUCUUCUGUGUCGGCCUAUGGAUGUUGGACGAAUAUUGGUACUACUCGCUCUUCACUCUCUUCAUGCUGGUCGCCUUCGAGAGCACUGUGGUUUGGCAGCGUCAGCGAACUUUGACAGAGUUCCGGGGCAUGAGUAUCAAACCUUACGAUGUGUGGGUGUACCGGCUGGGCAAGUGGACGGAGAUCCAGAGCGACAAGCUCCUCCCGGGUGACCUGCUCUCGGUGGGCCGCACCAAGGAGGACAGUGGCGUUGCGUGUGAUAUGCUGCUAGUUGAGGGCACGGUUAUUGUCAACGAAGCCAUGCUUUCGGGCGAGAGCACGCCGCUGCUGAAGGAUUCGAUUCAACUACGACCCGGCGAUGCUUCGGUGGAUACGGAAGGCCUCGAUAAGAACUCCUUCCUCUGGGGUGGGACUAAGGUGUUGCAGAUCACGCACGGCAAUCCCGACGAGGAGAAGCCGAAGCUCGCAUCGGGCGUCCCUGCGCCCCCGGACAAGGGCGCCAUGGCCAUUGUGAUGAAAACUGGCUUCGAGACAUCACAGGGCAGCUUAGUUCGAACCAUGAUCUACUCCACCGAGCGCGUCUCGGCCAACAAUGCCGAGGCCCUGUUCUUCAUCCUCUUCCUACUCGUUUUCGCGUUGGCCGCCUCUUGGUAUGUCUGGGAUGAGGGCGUCAAGAAGGACCGCAAGAGGUCGAAGCUCCUCCUCGAUUGUGUCUUGAUCGUUACCAGUGUUGUGCCGCCCGAGCUUCCCAUGGAGCUUAGUCUGGCGGUCAAUACGAGUCUGGCGGCCCUCGCCAAGUUCGCAAUCUUCUGUACCGAGCCUUUCCGCAUCCCAUUUGCUGGGCGUAUUGACAUUGCCUGCUUUGACAAGACCGGCACGCUGACGGGCGAGGAUCUGGUUGUCGAGGGCAUCGCCGGACUGGGGCUUGACCACACUGGCUCGCAUGCUCACGAGACAACGGAGCCUCGUAGCCAUCUAACUGCUGUCAAGCAAGUCGGAAUGGAGACAACUCUUGUGCUGGCCAGCGCGCAUGCGCUCGUCAAGCUCGACGAGGGAGAUAUCGUCGGUGAUCCUAUGGAGAAAGCCACCCUGACGGCUCUUGGAUGGGCUCUAGGUCGGAACGAUACCCUUGCGCCGAAACCCUCCGUGACGGCUGCAGGCGGCACCUCCGGUGUUGUCCAUGUCAAACGCCGGUUCCAAUUUUCGUCGGCCCUGAAACGUCAGAGUUCAGUCGCCUCUGUGAAUGCUGUCGAUCCGAAGACGGGUCGUAAGAUACGUGGUACUUUCGUUGCCGUGAAGGGAGCUCCAGAGACCAUCAUGAGAAUGCUUGUUACCGUUCCCCAGCACUACGAAGAGACGUUCAAGUACUUCACUCGCCGUGGUUCCCGAGUCCUUUCUCUUGCCUACAAGCAGCUGACGCACGAUAGCGAGCUCGGGUCUGGCAGGAUCAACGAUCUUAAACGGGAGCAAGUCGAGUCAGAUCUUGUCUUUGCCGGCUUCCUGGUUCUCCAAUGCCCUCUAAAGGAUGACGCCAAGCAGGCGGUGCAGAUGUUGAACGAGAGCAGCCACCGCGUUGUCAUGAUCACCGGAGACAACCCGCUCACUGCGGUGCAUGUAGCUAGGGAGGUGGAGAUAGUUGACCGCGAUGUUCUCAUCCUGGACGCCCCGGAACACAAUGACGGAGGAGAGAAGUUGGUCUGGCGCAGCGCGGAUGACAAGACUCAUAUCGAGGUCGACCCAUCGAAACCGAUCGACCCCGAGGUUAUCAAAUCCAAGGAUAUCUGCGUGACUGGGUACGCGCUCGCCAAAUUCAAGGAUAACGUGUCCGCAUGGCGAUCGCUUCUCCGCUAUACUUGGGUGUACGCCCGCGUCUCGCCGAAGCAAAAGGAAGAAAUCCUUCUAGGUCUAAAGGAUAUGGGCUAUUUUACGUUGAUGGCUGGGGACGGCACGAAUGAUGUCGGGGCUCUGAAGCAGGCUCAUAUUGGCAUCGCUCUCCUCAACGGCACACAGGAGGAUUUGACCAAGAUCGCAGAGCAUUCUCGCAACACGAAGCUGAAGGAACUCUACCAGAAGCAAAUUGACCUGAUGAAGAGAUUCAACCAACCCACCCCGCCGGUCCCUAUCAUGAUCGCUCACCUCUACCCUCCGGGCCCCUCGAAUCCGCAUUACCAGAAGGCCAUGGAGCGAGAGGCGCAGAAGCGAGGCAUCACGGUCGAGGAGCUGGCUAAAAUCAACGGCACCAACAUCGAGACAGUAACUAGUCCGGCGGCGCAGCAGUUGAUCAACCACGAUCACAAGACAGCUCGACAGCGAGGAGCAGCUAACAAGGCCAGCGAUUUUGCUGAUAAGAUGACGACCGCUAUGAUGGAACAAGAGCUCGGUGACGACGAGCCGCCAACCCUCAAGCUAGGCGACGCUUCGGUCGCCGCGCCGUUCACGAGCAAGCUGCGGAACGUGAUUGCGAUCCCUAACAUCAUUCGGCAAGGUCGCUGUACCUUGGUCGCCACCAUCCAGAUGUACAAGAUCCUGGCCCUCAACUGCCUCAUUAGCGCCUACAGUCUGAGCGUCCUGUACCUCGAGGGUAUCAAAUUUGGCGACGGGCAGAUCACCAUCAGCGGAAUGCUGAUGAGCGUCUGCUUCCUGUCCAUCUCUCGCGCUAGGUCGGUCGAGGGAUUGUCUAAGGAGAGACCGCAGCCCAACAUCUUCAACGUCUACAUCAUCGGCUCCAUCCUCGGGCAGUUCGCGAUUCAUAUCGCGACGCUGAUCUACAUUGCCAGAUUCUGCGACAAACUAGAGCCACGCUCCGAAAUGGUGGACCUCGAAGCCGAAUUUGCGCCCUCUCUGCUCAACAGCGCAGUGUAUCUGUUACAGCUGAUCCAGCAGAUCUCGACGUUUGCCGUCAACUACCAGGGUAGGCCAUUCCGAGAAUCCCUGACGGAGAACCGGGGCAUGUUCUGGGGCAUCAUAGCCGUCACCGCCAUCGCCUUUUCGUGCUCGACAGAGUUCAUCCCGGAGCUCAACGAGCAGAUGAAACUGGUGAAAUUCACAGACGAGUUCAAGACGACCAUGACCUCGGUGAUGAUUCUCGAUUACGCCGGUUGCUGGGUCAUCGAGGUGGUGCUCAAGCGACUGUUUAGCGACUUCCGCCCGCGCGAUAUCGCGUUGCGGCGGCCGGAGCAGAACGAACGCGAGAGGGUUAGAAAGGAAGCAGAGAAGGCGGUGAAGGAUGCGGAGGAGGAGAAGAAGCGUCUCGAGAAGGUGGAGGAGUUUGAGAGGAAGUUGGAGGAACGGAGGCAGAGGGUUCGCCAAUGGGGCGAAGGUAACCAGGGACAACAACAAGCCGCAGGCCACAACCAGGCAGGGCGGUAAUUGUGGCUUGGUCGGCGUUGCGCACUUUGGUGGACGUGGUCGUGUCCUGCAUACACGAGGACGAGUUAGACUUUGCAUGAUAGACUUGAGAUGCACACACACACACAUACCUAUACACUGUUUGGUACUUGAGGCGGGGAGAAUUGAACUGGAUAGAUGAUAAAGUGGACUACGUCUCGACCUCGUCGGGGGGAGAUCACCGGGUGCUUAUAUGCUGGGUGAAAAGGGGGAAGCGGGGAGGGAGCGAUGUAUCAUUACCUAAGCAUCCUACAUCGGAGCCGGGAAAAUGAUGGGUCAAUUGAUUAGUGAGGUAGGUACAUAGAUACGUCAUUCCAAUCCCGCUUCGUUGAUUCAGUC